ACAAUUCCGCUUUUUUUUCCUUUUGACCCUGCAGCAAUGGCGGACCCAGCACCAGCCGGUGAUCGCGGUGGCUUUCGUGGCGGUUUCGGGUCAGGAGGGCGUGGCAGGGGCCGCGGCCGUGGACGCGGUCGUGGGCGAGGUAGGGGCCGUGGCAAGCCCGAGGACAAGGACUGGGUGCCAGUGACAAAACUGGGCCGUCUUGUCAAGGACCUCAAGAUCAAGUCGCUUGAGGAGAUCUACCUGUUCUCCCUGCCGAUAAAGGAAGCUGAAAUUAUAGAUUUCUUCCUUGGCACUGCCUUAAAAGAUGAGGUAUUGAAGAUUAUGCCCGUCCAGAAACAAACCCGAGCCGGCCAGCGAACCCGAUUUAAGGCCUUCGUUGCAAUCGGAGACCACAAUGGUCAUGUAGGUCUUGGCGUAAAGUGUUCUAAAGAGGUGGCUACGGCCAUCCGAGGGGCCAUCAUAUUGGCCAAACUGUCGGUCAUCCCAGUCAGACGUGGCUACUGGGGCAACAAGAUCGGCAAGCCCCACACCGUGCCCUGCAAAGUGACAGGAAAGUGUGGGAGCGUUCUGGUGCGGCUCAUCCCCGCACCGCGCGGGACCGGUAUCGUCAGUGCACCGGUGCCCAAGAAACUGCUGCAGAUGGCAGGAAUAGAGGAUUGCUACACAAGCGCAUGUGGCUCAACGAGUACCCUGGGCAACUUUGCCAAGGCGACUUUCCAGGCGGUAGCUAAGACGUACAGCUACCUGACUCCAGACAUGUGGAAGGAGACGGUUUUCACCAAGUCGCCGUACCAGGAGUUUACUGACCAUCUGGCCAAGACCUACAAGACUGCGCAGCCCGCAGCGGCUCCGCAGCCAGCAUUCUAAAAACCCAGGAGAUUAAGUUUCCUGGUCUAGCGCCCAGAGCGGCCUAGUGAUUCGGGACUCUAAAGUGCAGUCCCAGCCUAAAACCCAGGUUACCCUGGUCUAGUGCCCAAAAGCGGCCUAGUGAUUCGGGACUCAAAGUGCAGUCCCAGGCCACUAUGGGGGCGGUUAGACCAAGGAUACCCGUGUGAUGUUUUUAUUUUACUUGAAUUAUAACUUGUAGUUCCAAAUACGUCAACACAUUUCCAAAAUAUGCAAACUGUAACAGCACUUCUCGGUGGCUGCCAAAGAAUUCUUAGUUAUGUCCAGGGGAGAUGGCAAAGAGUGUUGAAUGUGGCCAACCAGAGUUGGUGUGGGCGCGGUACAGCUGCUAUAUGCGCAAUGCAGGUUGGGGCGGCACAACAUAGGGGUCGUCGCAAGCACAACACACAGGUUGGAGCGCAACGCAACAGGUUGGGGCACGCUUACCACAGAGGAUGGGGCUGCACAACACAGAGUUGUAGGGACGCGCGCAACAAGAGGUUGGGGCUUGUGCAACGAGAUGGUUGUGGCUAGCGCAACGCAGAGGCUGUGGCACAGACCACGAGAGGUUGGGGCACGCUUACCACAGAGGAUGGGGCUGCACAACACAAGGUUGGCACGUGCACAGCAGACGUUGUGGCUAGCGCAACAGAGGUUGAGGCAGCACAACACAGAUUGUUGCAUGUGCAGUUGUAUCGGAGCUCCACAACUUUCGUUGGCCAUAUUCAACACUGUUAGUUUCAUCUCUCAAUCAAUUUGAUCAUGGGUCGCCCAACAAAACUUUCAACACCAGUAGGUAAAUGCAAAAAAAAAUCCUAAGUUUUUGAAUAAAGUCACAAUAAAUUUCAGUUCAAAUUGUAUCACAUUAUGUCUAGCAUUACAUAAGCUCCUCUAAACCCUAAUCCCCACAUCACGUGUCUUGAAUUAUUUCAGAACGUUGCUUCUAGAUCAUCAAAACCUUCACAAAAGUUAUCAAUUCUGUCAUCAUCUUCGUCGUAAAAGUAACACUUGCAUUUAGGAAUACAACUUUGAACUGAACUUUGUCACGGAAGAGAAGGAACUCUAGUUGUAAUUUUAACUUGGUUCUGCUAAAAAAAUGUGUAAGUUAAUAAGAGUGAAAUCCAAACAGCAUAUGGGGUCUGACGUUUAAUUGCUUCCAAAGAGAUAGUGGUUGCCUCAUGAAGGCGUGCAUUGAAAAAGUAAACAAAAAGAAAAUGAAA